AUGGCAUCUGCAGCACACCAAAAAUCUUCUUGGAAAAAUAGUUUUUUAAAGGAACGUCAACCAUUUUUGGACGGCAAGGGGGAAAUUGAGGAGUUGUCUGCUUUAGAAUUUGAGAAACUGCAUGGUAUUUCUUCUGAUAUUCAUUCAUUUUCCCAAUCAAGUUCUAGUAUUUGUUGGCAACAAUCCACGUUACAGUGGCUCCGAGAAGGGGAUGCAAACUCUAAAUGUUUCUAUUCCAUUCUUUUGGGUCGCCUUCGACGCAACGCAUUGGUGUCUAUUAUGGUUGAUGGCGCGGUGGUGGAGGGUGUGCAGCCCAUCCGCCAAGCCAUGUUUUCUCAUUUUUCAAUGCAUUUUCAGGCGAACCGGGAGGUGAGGCCGUUUGUGGACAAUUUGGUUUUUAAUACUCCAAACUAUGCUGAAGGAAGUGGUUUGACUAAACCAUUUUCAGAAGAGGAAGUUAAGGCAGCGGUUUGGGACUGUGAUAGUUUCAAGAGUCCUGGCCCAGACGGUGUGAACUUUGGUUUCUUUAAGGAUUUUUGGCUUGAUAUGAAAUCAUAUAUUAUGCACUUUUUGGUGGAAUUUCAUCGGAAUGGAAAAUUGUCGAGAGAACAAUCAGCUUUUGUUCAAAAUAGACAAUUUUUAGAUGGAAUAUUGAUAGCUAAUGAAGUAUUUGAGGUGGAUUUUGAGAAGGCAUAUGACUCUGUUGACUCGAGUUUCUUAGAUUCGGUUAUGGAUAGAAUGUAUUUUCCAUUCUUGUGGCGGAAAUGGAUUAAAGAGUGCAUUUCAGCAGCUACAACUUAUGUGUUAGUUAAUGGCAGCACCACUGAUGAGUUUCCAUUAGGGAGGGGUCUGCGUCAAGGUGAUCCCUUUUCUCCAUUCCUUUUUUUGCUGGCUGCUGAAGGGUUGAAUGUUAUGAUGAAGUCUCUGUUUGAGAAGAAUAUUUAUGCUAGUUAUAAGGUUGAUGCAACAUCCUUGGUAUUAGUUACUCAUCUCCAAUUUGUCGACGAUACCUUACUUUUGGGUGUCAAGAGCUGGGCAAAUGUUCGAUCCAUGAGGGCAGUUUUGCUUCUAUUUGAGGCUUUGUCUGGUCUGAAAGUCAAUUUCCAUAAAAGUAUGUUGGUGGGAGUCAAUAUUUCAGAUUCUUGGUUAAAUGAAGCGGCCUCUGUUUUAUGA